UAUUUUAGCUUCAAAAUGAUACCUUAGUCAUUGGUAAAGACGAUGUCCGGAAAGUGCUGGAUGAUGUUGGUAAAGCAGUUCAAGAUCAAAUAAGGACUGCAAACGAUGAUUACAAGAAGGAUGCUGAAAGGCAAAAGCUAAAACUUAUCCAAAUGACCAAAAGAUAUGUCAAUGCUAUUGACAGUCAUGGAAAAACGUCAAUGUCUCAACUAGAUAAAGCAUGUAAAUCUGCAGUGGAUGAAAUAGAAAAACAAAAACAGAAAUCGGUUAAAGAAGUACAAGCUGAAGGAAGAAAACAAAAGAAGAUUUUAGUGGCGGAAGGACGUACUAUUUCGAAAAAUGUAACCGCAGAAUUUCAAACAGAAGCUGUCAACGUUAAGAGAAAAAUGGCAGAAGAGUUAGAUCAAGAGGUUAAAAGGUUGAAAACAGAGGCGACUGCGGAAACCAGUGCUAAGGUAAUAACGAUCUCAUCAGAAGCUGGUAAAGCUGUAAAAGAAAUAGAGAAAGCCAGAGAUAAAGGUGUGAAAGAAAUAGGGACUGAAGCUGUUACUCGAACGGAACAGCUAAAAGAAUGUGCUGAAGAAGCAUUAAAACAUAUUGAGAAAUCAAAAACAGAAAGCAAAGAAGAUAUAUACGACACAUUGAAAAAGGAACUGAAGGACGAUUUGAUAGAUCUCUACAGGGAAAGGCACCAUACCCUACCGAUGUCACCUUUAAUGGAAGAAAAUGACACACCUCUCCUUAAGUUUUACGUGAUGCCAGACGUAGAGUCAGUGGAAAUUCAGAGAGCGCGUGGAGGCGGCAAAGAAAUUAGAUCAAAGGUUACGUCAUUGCAUGAUGUUUUCUACAAGGGAAAUGAACCAUGUCGCAAAAUUUACCUUACUGCGGAUGCUGGGUUUGGGAAAACAGCAUUAAGUAAACGGCUCGUCUUAACGUGGUGUCAAACCAAAAACUGUAUCCCAAACGAAGAUCAACAUUUUAAGAAGGAAGACAUUAGUACAAUGUCAAAUUUUGACUUUGUGUUUUUGUUGUCUUUACGUGAUUGUUCCGAAGAAUGGGACAUUGAUGAGAUGAUCCAAAAACAAAUAACUAAUGAUCUAGCACACACUAUUUCAGCUAGUGAUUUUGAAAACAUUCUUUCUAAGGAAAGGUGCCUGAUAAUACUGGAUGGAUUGGACGAAUUCACACACGCAAAAAGUGACAUUCCACACAGGAAAGCUAGGAGGAAAUGUACAAUUCUCACAACAACUAGACCGUGGAAGUUGGGCGUUAGUAAGAUACGUUCAAGUGAAAUAGAGCGAAAGUUGGAACUUAUUGGACUAAGUAAAACGUCUUCUAAAAGUUUAAAAAGGACUGUGAUCUCACUGUUAUGUGGUAAAACUGACAUAGAAAAACAUAUUCAAGAGUUUGAUCGCGCUAUCAGUGAUAGAGGUAUUUCGGAUUUGGAAACUAUUCCGCUCUUACUGAUGUAUAUUUUGUGUUUAUGGUGUGAUGGAAUAGAGCUAGGAGCAUCUAGAAUUGAGUUAUAUUGUCAGACUGUUGAACUGCUUCUUAAACGAACGUUUGAAAAAUAUCCCGACAUGCAACAGUCGCGCGAACAGUCCGAGAGUGAUAUCCCACAGUGUUUCAGUGAAUAUGAACAUUGUAAGGAACACUACACAUUUCUGAAAGCUUUAGGACAAUUAGCACUUGAAACGUUAUUCAGUGAAAACAAAGGAAGCACCCUUGUGUUUAGCCAGUCAAUGACAGAGAAACAUCUAACCUCAGAGUAUUUGAAAUUAAGUCUUAACUCGGGAAUAUUAACACAGAGUACAGAAAAGACACUUAUCAAACACAUUUCUAAAGUUUCGUUUUCGCACAAAACCGUUCAUGAGUUUUUUUGUGCAUUGAACAUUAGCUGUCAAAAUGAAAGUGAUGUCAAAAACAUUGUUCUAAACAAAUGCAAAAGUUUGCAACGUAUUCUUGACAUGUCGACAGUCCUUGUUUUCAUCAGCGGAAUGAAUACAGAAAUCAUUUCUUCAAUAUCACAGGAAUUUCUUUCUGUUAUCAGUGAAGAUAAGAUAACGAGCGAAUACAGAUCCACGACUGCCGGAUACUGCAAACCUCUGAAAGACAUACAAGACAUGUACAUCUCUUGUAUGAAAGAAAACACGAGCGAUAAGGAACUCAAACUUUUCUGUCAAGAUGUUUUCUUUAGUAAAGAUUGUAAAGAAGAAAAAUACUUUUCACAUAUAGCACGGCUCGCGGUACACAAUAAUAAAGACAUGGCGUCAAUAAAUAUCAACACAGACCGUGGUCGUAGUUUACGUGAAAUUAUUGAGUCUUGUGCAUUGCUCCAGAUCAAUAAAAUACACUACUACGGUAAAGAAGAAAACGCACAGCUUCCUGUACUGUUAGACAUGUCGCCGAAAUAUGUCAAUGUUAGAUCGUCUGUUGAUGAUUAUUGUUCUUGGAGCCGUGGAAUGUUGGAAAAAUUACAGAAUAAUUCUCUGUUACAAGCAAUGUAUAUCUACAAUUUCGAGAUGAGUCACGAUGUACUGAAUGACUUUCUGAAUUAUAUUAUAAACAGGAAAACAAUGACAGAGGUUAGAUUGUGGUGGUUAUCGUGUACCGAGCACAAGCGUUCGUGUACUUUCAGUUUAGAUUUUAGUCAGCAUUCAGAUCUAAGGAAGUUAGAAUUGGUCGCGAUACCUGAAGUGUCACAAUUGAAAGUUAAUAGUCAAGUGAAACACGUUGAGUUGUCGUUUAUCAAUCUAGGUGAAAGGUCGCUGCCUCCUGAAAUGGCGAAUAUUGAAAGUGUUCAUUUGAGGUGUAUAAACAUGUCUGCUUCAACAUUGCGUGAUCUCGUUAAGGUAGUGGAGAAACUCUCACACAAAGUCACAGUAAUAAUAGAGGACUGUAAGAUAGAACCGGAAACAGAGUUUGAACACGUUAAACAAUAUAUACGUUCAUCUCAGAAUUUCCGAGUUACGGAGGAUGUUAGCUGGUGGUUUGAGUUUGAAACAAAAGUUGAAAGUUAAGUUACUAAAUAAACUCGGACUUACAGUGUAAAUGUAUAUAAACAUUAUUCAUUCAACACAUAUCACAUCUUUACACACAGACAUAUAACAUUUUUGUGACAUACAUAUGUGUAGAUAAUUAAAAAUAGUGACAGUCGCGUGUGGAAAAAUAAAUUGUUGGAGCCAAUUCGGAGGAAAGGAUGGACGUUCUUAUACAUGGAUUAAUAU